GAAGAUUAUUUGUGAAAUUGCACCCGAUUUGGUUUUUAUAUUAUUAAAUUGUCUACUGAAGGCUUAACCACUUAUUGUCAAUCUGGCUUGUAAAAGUUUUUUUCCAAAAUGUUUCUCCAUAAUACGUUACGCGUUUGGGUAUUGUUGUCUUUUGUAAAUAUGGCCUUAUUUGAAUCACCUAACCUCGAUCGUAAAAAAUUAUGCUUGAAUAAGUCCAAGGAAGAGAAGGCCUACGCGAUUGUUCCUUUCGAAGUCAAUUGGUAUCAAGCUUUUGUCUUCUGUAGAAACAAAAAAAUGGAUUUAGUGAUAAUUACGUCAAAAGAAGAAGAAUUUAAACUGAACGAAGAGAUAAAGGCAUAUGCUCCAUCAAACUUAACGGCUUUCUGGUUGUCAGCAGUAAAAUUUGGAGUGUCCGGCUUUUUUCCCUUCAUAUGGUUCUCAGACGCCUCACCGGUUAUUUACAACAACUGGGGUACUACCAAUGUGGGCAUCUUGCAACCGGAUAAUUAUGGAGGGAACGAGAACUGCGUGGUUACAAAUCGCAUAACCUCAGCAGAGGUCUCCACUAAGCGUUGGGGAACAUUUAAAACUACCACAGAGGAUCCUUUGUCGUUAAAGAUGUAUUGGUCCGACGAGAAGUGCGAGAAUAAAUUCGCCUUCGUUUGUCAAGUGAAAUGUUAACCAUUUAUUAUGUUUGUAAUAAAGCUAAUAAAUGUAUUGAAACGUGUAAA